CCGGUAAUGUUAGCGUGUCUGGACCAAUGAUGUGUGUCUGGACUCCAUUAGGGGGUUGCAGCUGUUUUGAGAGAAACAACAACAAAAACGGAGCGACAGAGGGGACUAGUUACCACAGAGUCAGUGUGUUCUCAGCCGGUUACGAGGGCUGGAUCCUGGGAGCUAAGACCUCCUUUCCCACCCGGGGCUUCGCCGGCUUCUAAUCACGGCCGCUCUCGGUGAGGAAACUCUGGCCUCCGCUUCCUUCUCCUCCGGCUCGGACACCGACGGAGCGUCGCCGCCCCCGCGGAAGAAACACCGAGCCUCGGCGGCGGAGGGAGCAGGAGAGCCCGGGGCUUCAACAGUUGCGACAGGCCUUUCUGGAGUUGUUUUGGGAUUUACUACUACUUCUCCGCAUCACCAAGCCACCUCUGCUAUUCACUUUAACAUAACCCCUGUCAACAAUCUUAGCGGCAAUAACAUGCAAUCAAACGGGGAAGGACAAGGACAGGAUUCGGAGCUUUCCUGCCUGAACAGCGCACAAAACGGGGAGUCAUCCUCGGCUGUGGGAACGCACUCCAAUGGGGUUCUAACCAGCACAAACAAUGGGAAUAGUGUUGGAGCCGGACUGGGGUCUGGGACCUGUGUCGCCUCCACAUCCUCGGGGUCGGAGAUUGGCUCCAUGAAAAAGAAGAAACGACUUUCGCAGUCUGAGGAAGAUGUCAUUCGAUUAAUAGGACAACAUCUCGACGGGUUAGGGCUAAAUCAAACAGUGGACCUGCUGAUGCAGGAGUCAGGCUGCAGACUGGAACAUACCUCAGCUACGAAGUUCCGCAACCACGUCAUGGAGGGGGAGUGGGACAAGGCUGAGAAUGAUCUCAACGAGCUGAGAGCACUGAUGCAUUCUCCGAACGCUAUUGUGCGUAUGAAGUUCUUGCUCCUGCAGCAGAAGUAUCUGGAGUACCUGGAGGACGGGAAGGUUCUCGAGGCGUUGCAGGUGCUCAGGGGAGAGCUCACACCGCUCAAGUAUAACACAGACCGCAUCCAUGUUCUCAGCGGGUAUCUGAUGUGUAGCCAUGCAGAAGACCUGCGUGCCAAGACUGAGUGGGAGGGCAAAGGCACAAAUUCCCGCUGCCGACUACUGGACAAGCUACAGACAUACUUGCCCCCGUCGGUGAUGCUGCCGCCACGCCGGCUGCAGACCCUGCUGAGACAGGCUGUGGAGCUGCAGAGGGACCGCUGCCUCUACCAUAAUACCAAGCUGGACAGCAGCUUGGACUCUGUCACCUUGCUCCUGGACCACGUCUGCAGCCGGUCAGCAACGCACUCAGGGAAGCAGUUUCCGUGCUACACACAGCAGAUCCUCACAGAGCAUUGUAACGAGGUGUGGUUCUGUAAAUUCUCCAACGACGGCACGAAGCUGGCCACCGGCUCCAAAGACACUACCGUCAUCAUCUGGCAGGUGGACCCUGAGAGCCACCAGUUGAAGCUGCUGCGAACCCUAGAGGGCCAUGCCUACGGUGUGUCCUACCUAGCCUGGAGCCCUGAUGACACCUACCUGAUCGCCUGCGGGCCUGAUGACUGCUCUGAACUCUGGCUCUGGAAUGUCCCGACUGGAGAGUUGCGGACCAAGAUGAGCCAGUCCCACGAGGACAGUCUGACCAGUGUGGCUUGGAACCCUGAUGGGAAACGGUUCGUCACCGGGGGACAGAGGGGACAAUUCUACCAGUGUGACCUGGAUGGUAACCUGUUGGACUCAUGGGAGGGCGUACGUGUGCAGUGCCUCUGGUGUGUGGGGGACGGCAGAACAGUGCUAGCGUCUGACACACACCAGCGGAUCCGGGGUUACAACUUUGAGGACCUAACGGACAGAAACAUAGUUCAGGAGGACCAUCCUAUCAUGUCUUUCACUGUUUCCAAGAACGGAAGAUUAGCUUUGCUAAAUGUAGCAACUCAGGGAGUGCAUCUUUGGGAUCUGCAGGACCGGGUGUUGGUUCGGAAGUACCAGGGUGUGACCCAGGGCUUCUACACCAUCCACUCCUGCUUCGGAGGACACAAUGAAGACUUCAUCGCCAGCGGCAGCGAAGACCAUAAGGUGUAUAUCUGGCACCGCCGCAGUGAGCUGCCCAUCGCUGAGCUGACAGGGCACACUCGCACAGUCAACUGCGUUAGCUGGAACCCCAUCAUCCCAGGCCUCAUGGCCUCCGCCUCGGACGACGGCACUGUGCGUGUCUGGGGCCCCGCACCCUUCCUCGACACACAGGAGGUGGAUGGGCUCAACGAGAACUGCAGCAACAUGGACAGUUGAUGGUGACUUUGGAAUGGAAGACUUUUUUUCUCUUUUACCAACGGACAACAAAUAAACAUCAAAACGAAUCCUAGACCUAACAAAACAGAAAUAAAAGUAAAUCAGUUGUGUCUCAUGACCUGGCAAAACUGUGGAGGUGAGGAUGAACACACUCUUAGAAAACCAGGUCUUCAUCCAGAACCAGUGACCCGGAAAAUCCGAUCCACUGGUACUCCCUGUGGCUUCCUCCUCCUCCACCCCUCUCCCAAACAAGGCCACAGCCAAACCAGGGGCUCUCCCCUGAAUCUUCCCCUGGAAGCCCACCUCCUGCCUGGCUGACAGGCACGGUGUCCCGCACCUGAUCUCUCCAGACAGCCAUUACAGACCAGCCGCACUAAUUGGACCGCGUCUGUCGCUAUAUCAUGUGUCUGUGGGAAGGGGGGGGGGAUAUUACAACUCUUCCUUCUAUUUGUUUUUUUUAAUCUUCUUCUGACUAGCUCUUUUCUUUGCACUUGAGUUGUUGGAUGAAGGCUGAAAAUAUGCACAAAACCAACCAACCGGCAAAGUAAAACGCUAUGCUUAUUUUGAUUUUCUUUUUUUAACGAUAGUAAGCAUUUAACAGGUGAAUCCUAGGUUUGAACUAGGAGUAGUGGCUGUAGAGUGCUUCAGUGUGAACAAUACGCUCUCAAUUAGGAAAAGCUAUUUUUAUCCCUUGUUUAAAGUCUAACCCGAACAAACUCGCUACAAAGUCUCACCCUCUGACUCCCCCAUCUCCCCCUCCCACUUCGGCUGUUAACAGCACAGCACAUAGUUCCACAAUAUCUACCUGUGGGGAGGGGGGAAAGGUGAACUGUCAAAGGUGAGGGGUCAGUGAUAGCUGGUCUCAUGUGAAGCAACCCUUGUGUUGAGUAUCUCCCUGAGAAGGACAUACUGUUGGCUGUAGAGGUCUGUACAUGCAACUUUUGCGGUACACUGAGGACUGCAUCUGUCCUUCCUCUUCGUGUAUGUGCGUGUGCCCUUCUGUGUCAAUGUGUGUCUGGGUGCGCUUCCGUGUGGUUUGUUUGAGUGAAUGCAGGUGCAUGCAGACCUGUGUUUUUAGUCACACCAGCAGUCACCCCCCCCCCCGUGAAAUUUUAAAAAGGCUUUUAAACCCAUUCUGAAUUAAUCCAAAGCCCCAUAGCGACAUCUAUCUGUGGAACAAAGAAUACUUUAGAGACAUUUUUGAAAAUUAUUUUUUUUAGCUGGGGCUUUUCUUUUUACAUUUGACUUUGCUUUUUAUAUUUCUCCUUACCACCACCUACCAUUGGAAAGGCACUGAGGUAUCAGAAUUAAAUCUGUUUUGUGGAGGGGGGAAAAAAGUGAAUGACAUGCAUUUCAACGAGCUGUAAACUGUGUUGUGAGAAAAGGGUAAUUUCAUAUGAGGAGGAAUUAACGAUUGUAGUGUUGGAGACAGGUUUAAUGAAUGACACUUUUUUUUUUAGAGCGUUCUACCCCCUAACACAAACACUCCACAAACCCACAUGUAUACCCAAAACACAACGCUGCGCUUUGAGGUCUACCCCAAGUCACACCUACAAACACUCAAUUUCAAUAUGAUCACCUGCCACAAUUCCAUGAACCCUACACAGUAGUAUAGCGUUAUUGAAGUUAAAGUUACAGAACCAAACAACCUCCCACAUUCAAACGCACACAGGCAUAUAGCUGCGCUCUUACGUACGUACAGCCCAUACGGAGCGAGACCGACUUCUGCACAACACCCCUUUCCUUCUCUCCAGACCUCCUUAUCAGUGGUGAAAGCACCAUACAGAGCUUUCUUCCUCCAGAUUAGGGGUAUGUAAUGACUAUUUUCUGUGAACUGAUAUUACAUGUUUAAAAAUAACUGAAAUAAUUUGUUUCAUUUUUUUUGGUCUUAUUUCAUUUUUUUGGUUGACCCCUCACUGUAUUAUCAUAUUAAAAUAUAACCAGACAACUGGUGUCCUCUUUUUUUAAAAAUGUAAAUCCCGCUUAUAAUUCAUUUAGCCUUUUGGGUAAAAUGUUUACCUUAUCCACUACUUCUUACAUGUAAUCAGUGAAUAUGCGCACUAACACUCAUGCCAAUAUAAUAUGAGUGUGGUGGGUUAUGCUUUGGGAGUGUGUUACCUUAAGAGUCUAGAGAGUUUAAACUGUCUACCCCUCGCCUUUAAAAAGAGACUCUACGGUGAUUCAAUACUUGCAUGUCUGUGGAAUAAGACCGGGGGGGUCUAUUUUUGUGCCACUGUUGGUUGCGGUUGCCAUUUCUGCCCUUACCAAAACGCUUGAGACCCAAAAGUGGCGGUGUGUGUAAUUUCAUGGUCUAAGGUUAGUCUGGAAUGGUAUUUCUCCCAUUCUUGACCCUUCCAUCUCCUGGACCACUGAAUGGACUUGAACUCUCCAUCCACACCUUAUGUCAUGUCUGAAAAAUUGAGGCAAAUCAAAAGUGAAGAACCCAAAAGCUUUCACAAAGUUAUUCACCUGCUGGUGACAUUCUAUGUCUGUAUGCAACUUGGUGUCUACUCUGUUCUUUUGAGUUCCUAGGAAUUUUAAUGAUUUGAUGAUGCUAAUAACUAUUUCUCUCUCUGGAGGUGGUAGGGCUUUUUGGGGGAGUAAGGGUUUUUGGUAGCAGAUUAAAAUAGUUAUUGUGGGAUGGGGACCUGUUUGCGUUUUUAAUGUGUUAUUACAAAAGUGAUUGUACUGUUUUGUAUUGUGUAGGAGAAGUGUUAUGUAUGCAUAUUUUCAAUAAACAUUCAGGGUUUUGAAAAAGAGCUGUGGCCCGGAAUACCAAGGGGCUGGAACAUAGUCACUCCCUAAGCACAGAUACAGGAUCAGUUUACCCUAGCCAAUCCUAUCCACAGUCCCUUAUAAUCAUGAGGGGGUACAGAGCUAAACUGACCUUCGAUCAGUGUGAAGGGACAACACGUCUCAUCAGACUUUAGAGGAAAGCUUGAGUUCCCAGACUGAAAAGAGCUCUCCAUUUUCCUGUGUUUAACUUUGUAUUGUUGAUUGAGUCACUUGAAAAUUUGAUGACAUUUGGUGUAAUUCAGAGAAUCCACAUGGCAGGAAAGAGGCAAAAUGUGCAUCAGAGGGGAUCAAAUGCCAAAUGUAGAGGUAAACAAGAUCUGUUGCCAAUAAAAUGUGACUAUUUUGACUAAA